AUGCCUACACUGGAGUCUAUCUUGGCCAAGUUAAACGGGGCUACUUGGUUUUCGACCAUCGACCUGGCGAACGCCUUUUUCCACAUAGAACUGGAUAAGGAAUCCCGGCACCUUACAAAUUUCUAUACAGAAUUUGGAACAUUUCGGUGCGUUCGUCUACCCUUCGGGCUAUGCAACGCUCCGGAUGUGUUUCAAGAAGUAAUGCAAAGGAUAAUACUUGGAGACUGUCCCGGAGUAAUAAACUAUCUGGACGAUGUUCUGGUCUUUGGUGCGACCAAAGACGAACAUGAUGCGAAUUUAGCUAUUGUACUAAGUCGUUUGCAACAGCAUAACGUGAAGCUGAACACCGACAAAUGUGUAUUUGCUAGUCAAUCAGUCCAGUUCAUUGGAUUCAAACUGGCUCCAGAAGGAUGGAGUGUCACAGAUGAGAAAAUGUGUGCUAUCAAAAGUUUCAGAACACCAAGUUCAUGCUCCGAAGUUAAAAGUUUUCUGGGGUUAGUCACAUUUGCUGAUAGAUUUAUUCAAAGUAGAGCAGAUUUGACACAACACCUAAGAGCUCUCGCAAAUUCGAAUAAAUUCUACUGGACAGAAUUGGAAAAGAAAGAAUUCUAUUACCUACAGGACAAGGCUUUGAAGAAUAUCCAAGUUCUUGGGUACUAUAGCCCCACCGAUGUCACGGAGUUAUACGUUGAUGCAAGUCCAAUAGGACUCGGUGCCGUAUUGGUCCAGUAUAAUGCUGAAAAUAUGCCUCGAAUAAUAUCAUGUGCUUCUAAAGCACUCACGCCCACCGAACAGCGGUACCCCCAAACACAGCGAGAAGCUCUAGCAGUCGUUUGGGGGGUGGAGCGUUUCACCUCGUAUUUACUUGGAAGGUCAUUCAUCAUACGAACGGAUGCGGAGGCGAAUGAAUUCAUUUUCAGUACUACUCACAGAAUUGGAAAAAGGGCUGUAACUCGCGCGGAAUCGUGGGCACUACGUCUGCAGCCCUAUGACUUCAUCGUAAAGGGAGUAAGUGGCAAAGAAAAUCUAGCCGACACUCUGUCACGCUUAAUCCACAAAUCUCAAAAGGCGGAACCGUUUGAAGAAGACGACGACGGACAUUUUCUGUAUUCGAUAGAUGCGGGAUCAAUGCACAUCACUUGGGAUGAGAUUGAGAAAGCUUCUGAGACGGAUGAAGAACUUCAAAUGGUACUAGAUGCUUUACUCACCGACGAUUGGCCAAAAGAUCUACGCAGAUACGAGGCACAGAAAAAGGAUAUUCAUGUUUUGGGUAGUCUACUAUUCCGAGGGGAUCGCACAAUCCUUCCAAAGUCAUUGCGCACUAAAGCAUUAGAAACUGCACACGGUGGGCAUGUAGGAGAAUCUUCCAUGAAGAAAAUAAUGAGGGAAUUCUUCUGGUGGCCAUGCAUGUCGCUCGAUGCAGAAAAAUUUGUAAAGAACUGCGAUACAUGUACACAGUUGUCCCGCAAGAAUCGUCCUCUUCCACUAUCAUCGAGAGAAUUUCCGGAUGGUCCCUGGCAAAUAUUGCAGGUCGACUUUCUUUCUAUACCUGGUUGCGGCUCAGGUGAAUUCUUGGUUCUGAUCGACACCCACUCACGUUUUCUUUCGGUUCUGGAAAUGAAGAACAAGGACGCAGAGAGUACGAAUGAAGCCUUAUGCGAAAUUUUUAAGAUGUGGGGUUGUCCCCUGAUUCUUCAGAGCGAUAACGGACCGUCUUCCAAAGCUCUACUUUCAUACAGUACUGGGAACACAGGGGGUCAAAGUGCGCAAGUCUAUACCAUUAUGGCCUCAAUCAAAUGGUGCCGUUGA